UUCACUGCAGGGGCCCCACCAGGCUCAGUGACGCUGCGGCCGCCUCCUGCCUAGGGCCUGGCCCUCCCUGGCGGGGGUGCGGUCGUGCAAUAGGAAGCCGAGGGCGUUGCAAGCUUCCCGUUGGGCACUAGCUACCUGGCCCCGCGCCCUGCCCUUUGCAUUCCCCAGACACCUCUGGAGCCCCCACCUGUGGCCCCUGGAGCCCCCUUCACGCGUCGGCCAUGCCUCUAAGUCGCACUUUGUCCAUGUCCUCCCUGCCAGGACUGGAGGACUGGGAGGAUGAAUUCGACCUGGAGAACACAGUGCUCUUCGAGGUGGCCUGGGAGGUGGCCAACAAGGUGGGAGGCAUCUACACGGUGCUGCAGACGAAGGCGAAGGUGACAGGGGAUGAGUGGGGCGACAACUACUACCUGGUGGGACCUUACACGGAGCAGGGUGUGAGGACCCAGGUGGAACUGCUCGAGCCCCCAACCCCGGCCCUGAAGAAGACACUGGACUGCAUGAACAGCAAAGGCUGCAAGGUGUACUUCGGUCGCUGGCUGAUCGAGGGGGGCCCCCUGGUGGUGCUCCUGGAUGUGGGGGCCUCAGCCUGGGCCCUGGAGCGCUGGAAGGGGGAGCUCUGGGACACCUGCAACAUCGGGGUGCCCUGGUACGACCGUGAGGCCAACGACGCCGUCCUUUUUGGCUUCCUCACCACCUGGUUCCUGGGUGAGUUCCUAGCCCAGAACGAGGAGAAGCCACAUGUGGUUGCACACUUCCACGAGUGGUUGGCGGGCGUUGGACUCUGCCUGUGCCGGGCCCGGCGGCUGCCUGUAGCUACAAUCUUCACCACCCACGCCACGCUCCUGGGACGAUACCUGUGUGCAGGUGCUGUGGACUUCUACAACAACCUGGAGAAUUUCAAUGUGGACAAGGAAGCAGGUGAGAGGCAAAUCUAUCACCGCUACUGCAUGGAGCGGGCAGCAGCCCACUGCGCUCACGUCUUUACUACUGUGUCCCAGAUCACCGCCAUCGAGGCUCAGCACCUACUCAAGAGGAAACCAGAUAUCGUGACCCCCAAUGGGCUGAAUGUGAAGAAGUUCUCCGCCAUGCAUGAGUUCCAGAACCUCCAUGCUCAGAGCAAGGCUCGAAUCCAGGAGUUUGUGCGGGGCCAUUUUUAUGGGCACCUGGACUUCAACUUGGACAAGACCUUGUAUUUCUUUAUCGCUGGCCGCUACGAGUUCUCUAACAAGGGGGCGGACGUCUUCCUAGAGGCCUUGGCCCGGCUCAACUAUCUGCUCAGAGUAAACAGCAGUGAGCAGACAGUGGUCGCCUUCUUCAUCAUGCCAGCUCGGACCAACAAUUUCAACGUGGAAACCCUCAAGGGCCAGGCUGUGCGCAAGCAGCUCUGGGAUACGGCCAACACUGUGAAAGAGAAGUUUGGAAGGAAGCUUUACGAGUCCUUGCUGGUGGGGAGCCUCCCAGACAUGAACAAGAUGCUGGAUAAGGAGGACUUCACCAUGAUGAAGAGAGCCAUCUUUGCUACACAGCGGCAGUCUUUCCCCCCCGUGUGCACCCACAACAUGCUGGACGACUCCUCGGACCCUAUCCUGACCACCAUCCGCCGAAUUGGGCUCUUCAAUAGUAGUGCCGACAGGGUCAAGGUGAUUUUCCAUCCAGAGUUCCUCUCCUCCACCAGCCCUCUGCUCCCCGUGGAUUAUGAGGAAUUUGUCCGUGGCUGCCAUCUUGGGGUCUUCCCUUCCUACUAUGAGCCUUGGGGCUACACGCCGGCUGAGUGCACGGUUAUGGGCAUCCCCAGUAUCUCCACCAACCUCUCCGGCUUCGGCUGCUUCAUGGAGGAACACAUUGCAGACCCCUCAGCUUACGGCAUCUACAUUCUGGACCGGCGGUUCCGCAGUCUGGAUGAUUCCUGCUCGCAGCUCACCUCCUUCCUCUACAGCUUCUGCCAGCAGAGCCGGCGGCAGCGCAUCAUACAGCGAAACCGCACGGAGCGCCUCUCAGACCUUCUGGACUGGAAAUACCUAGGCCGGUACUACAUGUCUGCACGCCACAUGGCGUUGGCCAAGGCCUUUCCAGAGCACUUCACCUAUGAGCCCCACGAGGCUGACGCGACCCAGGGCUACCGCUACCCACGGCCGGCCUCAGUGCCACCAUCGCCCUCGCUGUCACGACACUCAAGCCCGCACCAGAGUGAGGAUGAGGAGGAACCCCGGGACGGGCCGCCUGACAUAGACGGGGAGCGCUACGACGAGGAUGAGGAGGCAGCCAAGGACCGGCGCAACAUCCGCGCCCCCGAGUGGCCGCGCCGCGCCUCCUGCGCCUCUUCCACCGGCGGGAGCAAGCGCAGCUCGGUGGACACGGCGCCCUCCAGCUCGCUCAGCACUCCCAGCGAGCCCCUCAGCCCUGCCAGCUCCCUGGGCGAGGAGCGCAACUAAGUCCGGUGCCCCACACUGCCGCCCCAUCCUGCCGCCCUCGUCCAGAGGGCGGAUGCAGAAAGGCGCCAUUCCGAAACCCCACUCCAGAUCCCGAACCCUCCUGGGGUCCACAGCCCCGCACCCUCCGGCAUACACUCCAGCCCCUCUAGCUCCCCUCUCGGAAUCCCCAACACUCCAGAAUCCACAACGCCGUGCCUUUCCUGGGUUCCAGAAUGCAUAAUCUGCGCCCUGGAGUCCUUCAGGCCUGGCCCAGACACCAGGGGCCAGGAACCUGCCAUUUCCCUGCCAUGGUGCCAGAGGUUUUAGGAAGCCUGGUCUGUUGCCUUCCAGGCAGGGGCUCCUAGAGCCCUUUGUGGCUUGCUAAUUUUAUAGCCCACAGACCAAUCCACGCUCAGGCCUGGCCCAAGGGCCAGCAAGCCCUGGAAACCAUGUGGUUUCCCUGCUAAUGAGACAAUCAAGUCCAAAGCUGGGCACUUUCAGGGACUUAACUGAAUGCAGAAGGUCCUCCAUUUCAACUCCAGAACUCAGGCUCCAGACCAGGGCAUCCCCUGUUUACUCUGAUGUGGCUCUUCCUGGUGUGUCUGGCUCUGCCUGGAGGGCCCCUCCAUCCCUGCUCUCCUCUUUCUCCGUACUUUGGCCAAUGGGGUGAUGGUGGUGCAGAACCACUUGGCUUCUCAUUCCUUUUGGAGAAUAUGCAGUCUUUGUCUAGAUGCCUCUCUGGCCUUUUCUGAACCAGACCUUUCUCCUCUUCCCUGAGUCUGAGCUCUCCUCCCUAUCUUGGGAUUCCUGUCCCCUCCAGGGAAUCCCGCUGCUGAGGACAGAAAUGGCUGUCUACCCCUGCCACAAGCCCCAAGCCCUAGGCCCACCACGAAACCACUGGGUUCUAGGUCCCGGCUGCUGAAUCUAGAACCUUACCACUGUGCUGCUUCCUGGUCCCUUUCUCCUGGUCUAGAACUGAACCCCCUAGGUUCUAGAACUUUCAUAUUUACCUCCAGGCUCUUCCAUCCUUAAGCUGUGCCCUGCCCCCAGCUUUGGUGAAAGGAAGGGGCCCUUCAUGUGUGCUGUGCUGUGUCUGAUGCACUUGGUUUGCAGUUGGGACGGGGAGGGCAGAACGGGGUGUGAUUGAUGUGUGUCCAGAGAUGAAAAAAUACAUCUAUAUUUAAGAAUCUCAGGUUUGGUCCACUGUGAGGGCUUGCUGGGCCUCGCUCCCGGCCCCUCACUCCUCUUGGCUUCUCUACCUCUUUACCUCCUUUAUUCUCCGCCCCCCCCCCCCC